CAAACACUGUUUCUUAAUCCUGUUUUGUUUGUUGCUGGUUUCAAGUCAAAGUCAAAGACUCGUAAACUGACCAAAGCUCAGAGGGCGAAGCAGCAGGAGGAGGAGGAGGAGAGGCGUCUGCGAGAGGAAGAGGAAGCAAAGGUGCAAGCUGAGAAAGAUGAGCAGGAUAGAUUGCAGAGAGAGAGGAAGGAGGAGGAGCGAAAGAGGCUCGAGUUAAAGGACCUGGAGCGCAGAGAAGACGAGCUGAUCGAACUCCGCCACCGACUGGAGGAUAAUCAGACUGCAGUCCUCAAAUGGAAAAAGGAUGCUGUGGAGAAAGCCCAGUGGGAGAGAUACAUAAGUUGUAGCCGUAUCCCAGACCCAUCAGUACAGCGGGAUAUUAACACGCUCAUCAGCCUAAGUAAAGAUGAUCCAGAGGUCAACAUCACACACGUGCUCGAGCAAAGCAGCAUCCAUCUACAGCUGAUGGAGGGGCUGGAGGAUCUGCUCAGAGAUGCUACAGAUCAACGAGAGGCCCAGAAGUAUGAGGAGAGUCUCUGUAAUUUGCUGGAGCUCAUCCACGCCAAACACCUCCUCGCCACUGAGGAGAUCCUCAAGGAGGCCAAUAAGAACAUCGACACCGAGACAGACAACAUGCAGACUGUGGUCAGCGAUGACAACGUCACACUCUGUCUCUGGGCCAACCUCAAGUAUAAUACAAGUUUGUUUCGGAAUGAAUCGGCUCUGUUCACCGCGGCUACACAAGAAAGAGUGAGGUUUAAAGGUGUAAACUAUGGAGAGGCGGGCCCGAGCUUUAUUCUUCCUAAAGUGCUGUCUCAGAGCAAUAUCGCGAUACGGAUCCUCCACACGCGGUACGACCACCUGUCCCUGCUGGCCAGGAUGGCUCCCCUGAGAAUACACACACCCAGCCACAGGUCUCUUGCAGGUGGCAAGGUGCAGUCCAUCCAAGGGUUGGAUGAGAGUACGAGUGCAGCCAGUCUCCAGUCGAUGAGGACCAGUGCUAAGGAAGGCCGAGGGAGCCAGAUAGAGACACAGGUGGCGGUGCUAGAUGCUGACUCGACUUGCCCCCCGGAGCAGCCCCCGCCGCCGGACUGCAGCGAGCGUGUCCAGGUGGUGGACUUAAUGCAGUACACCCCGCUAGGUGGGGUCUUCUACUAUGACGCGUUUCAACUCCCGCGACAAGCCUUCAAAAACGGUGGCUGGGAAUUUAGACAGGUGUUGGACAACGGACUCCAAGUGUUCCCCUACCCCAUGGAGACGUCCAACUCGGCUGAAGGCGAAGCCUGCCCUCCUGUUGGGGUGUCUGUGAUGCUGCCCGACUCCGUUGUCUUCCUGGAAACUCCCCAAGUGGCUCGCUGGGAUGCUGCGGGGAAGCAGUGGAGGAUGGACGGCAUCACCGACGUGUGUUACGAGGAGGCGGAGGCCAAAAUCUCCUUCAGUAUGGACUCCUUCCACGCCUUUGUGCUGAUGCAGGACACUUACGCCAACCUUCCCUUCCAGAGCUGGGAGCUCAGGCCACUGGGCCAAGACUCGGCUAUCUUCACCAUCAACGGGGCUCCCGUCGACCUCAGCAUCACGAUCCAUGAUAAUCAGUGUAUGUUGCAGUCGGAGCGAGAGAGAGGUCUCGCUCACCUCUUGGGGAAGUGGAUGAGCGGCCCCGUCCUGCAGAGAGCCAUGCUCAACGCGGGGGUCAACAUCUUUGUCGGCGAGCACACGGACCAAUACGUCGCCACCUGCGGGAAGGACCCCCUCACAGAGCACCCUGCCUACCAGCAGAUGGCCCUCCUCGCCUCUGCCUGCGCCUUCUCAUGGAGCAAGUGGAACGGCAAAUGUGGGGCUGAGCACGUUGUCAUGCAGGUGUGUGAGCACCACGGCCCGGCCCCGGUGCCGAAAGACUCGUGGAGUCUCUACCGGCUCGGUGCUCAGAGGACUCAGAAGCUGGAGAUCGCAGAGGAGAGCGAGGCGUUCUCUCCAGACCAUUACCCAGGAGUUGAGUUUCACUCCACCUUCUUCCACAUGCUCCAGGACAACAUGAGCCCUGAAGGCAUCGCCAGGACCAGACUGUCCCACUAUCUGUUUGUGGAUACCGUCCACAGCCUGCUCUCCGCCACCAGACCCCUGAUGUACUCAUAACCUGUGGGAGAUUAACUUGGGGGCUCUUAAAAAUACAAAAUAAAUGUA